GACAGUGAACACAGUUUACGGAGGAUCAGGCAUGUUAGCAGAGAAUAACCUUCAUUUGCAGCCGAGGAAGACUUUAUUAUGUCAUUUUUAAACAUUAAGUCAUUGGAAUUAAGCUGCAGGCAGCGCUGAAGUCUGCAGAGGACCAUGUUUUGUCUCCGGCUGUCCCUGAGGCUUCAGCCUGGGACUCAGGUUGGCUGUGUCUCCUGUAGGAGUGUCCACAAACUGGCCUCUCUUCAGAAAGUCAAAAUGCUUCCCCCAAAGAAAGCCCAGAGCUUCCUGUACCCCUUCAGUGAGCUGGAGGUCCACCUGGACAGGUCAGUGGACAGGACACCGUUCCAGCUCUUCCAUCCCAGUUUAGAAGACAUGGUGAAAGCAGAAAAGUUCUUUGUAUCUUCUCCAUCUCAUAAGAUUGAUUACCACGUCUCUGCAGAGAGGAUGGAGCAUAUACCUGCAAUGAAACCUCCAGAGGUGUGUUUCAUCGGCAGAAGCAACGUAGGCAAGUCGUCCCUCAUCAAAGCUCUCUUCUCACUGACUCCCGAGAUAGAGGUCCGAGUCUCCAAAACUCCA